AUGAGUUUAACAGUGCCUUUUAAGCAAGUUGAUGUAUUCACUGAAGUUCCAUUCAGAGGAAACCCAGUCGCGGUGAUAAACUUCCUAGAUACUGACGAAAGUGAAGUUACUCAAAAACAAUUACAGGCAAUUGCAAAUUGGACAAACCUAUCGGAAACAACCUUCCUAUUUAAGCCAUCCAAUAAUAAAUGUGAUUACAAAUUAAGAAUUUUUACCCCAAAGAAUGAAUUGCCAUUCGCUGGUCAUCCAACUAUUGGUUCCUGUAAGGCUUUUCUUGAGUUUACCAAGAAUACCACUGCAACUUCGCUUGUUCAAGAAUGUGGGGUGGGGGCUAUCCCAUUAACAAUCAACGAGGGACUGAUCAGCUUCAAAGCUGCGUUAUUUGACUUCGAAGGUAUAUCUGAUGAAGUCAUUACUGGUUACGAGCAAUCACUUGGCUUAAAAUUCAUUGCGACUCCAGCACUGCUGCACACUGGACCGGAGUGGGUUGUUGCGCUAGUAGAAGAUGCAGAAACCUGUUUCAAUGCCAAUCCGAACUUCACUGUACUCACACAGCAAACAAAACAGAACAAUCAUACAGGGAUUAUUUUGGCGGGCCCAAAAAAGAAUGCUCCGAUUAGGAACUCAUACGAAAUGAGGGCAUUUCCUACAGCGGAAAAUAUCGAUGAAGACCCUGUUUGCGGAAGUGGUUCGGUGGCACUUGCGAGAUAUCUUCAAGAACUGUACAAGUUCGAAGAAACCACGAAUAUUACCAUUUCUCAAGGUGGAAGAUUGGGAAGGGAUGGCCAUAUUGUAGCUAGCAUUAUAAAAGAAACGGAUGGUAACACUUCAUACCAUGUGGCAGGUCAUUCGAUCACUGUUAUCGACGGAAAGAUCACUCUUUAA